UGUAUUGUUACGCCCAUCAAGCUUCUCACAGCCUGCUCAGUAACACAACUGUCUCCUCUGCGAUGGACUAACUUGAACAGAUCCAUUUAAUCAUGAUUACAAAAUUCCCAUGACAAAUCCGGGUAUUUUAAGUGAUGAUUCAGAGGUGGAAAUUUCAAGAGUUCAGCUAUUAGAGCAAGUCAGUCUCCUGGUAGCCUUACUGUGUUGGAAAAAUCUAUCUAUAUAUUUUCAGUUCUUGAUCAUAAUGAAGACAUGGGCCAAACAGCAACAGCUAAAAAUAAUUUCAGCUGGUAUCCAACUAGCAGCAAUUAAAAUGAAUUAAAAAAUGGAACACACCCAACAGUUACCUUCCACCUCUUUCACAUCUUUGCUUUUACAGUGCUGGCUGCAGCACAGCGCUGAGGCCCCUGUGUGAGGUUCCCGGGGUACCUCAUGGAAUGCCUGGUGUCUCCUUCUUCUCCAUGGGUGCUGCCUCAGCCUCUGCUGGACCCUCUUGAUGUUUUUAAUGUGUGUGCACAGCGAUGUGUAUGAAUACAUUGUUCAGCCUGGAGGAGACUGAGGGAGGCCUCAUUGCGGUCUAUAGCUUCCUCAUGAAGACAGGGGCAGUGCUGAUCUCUUCUCUGGUGACAGUCAUAGAACCUGAAGGAGCGAUGACACUGUGGCAGGGGAAGGCCAGGUUGCACAAUAGGAAAAGGUUCUUCAGCAGAGAGCAGUGGGCAUGGAACUGGCUCCUGUGGGCAGCGGUCCUGGCACUGAGCUGCCAGAGUUCAAGGAGUGCCUGGACAAUGCUGUCAGAUAGAGCUGGAUUUUUGGGUGGUCCUGUGAGGAACCAGGGGUCAGACUUUGUGAUCCUUAUGUGUCUCUUCCAAAUCACAGUAUUCUACAAUUCUACAUCUGAAAUAUUCAGGUGUGUAUACGUACGCAUUGUUGGGGGGAAGAGCCCAGGGCACAGCAACGACCGCACCGUUCAGUGUUAGUGACACGGCAGCUUCCCAAAGAGCUCCUUCACUGGCGUGAGACCUGGGCUUGGGAGCUGCCUGGGGCUGCACGGCCACAGCACACGGCUGCACCUCGGCCUGCGGCUCUGCUGCCGGCAGCACACCGGCAGGCUGCCGUCCAUCACCGCACACACUGGCAGUAACUCGGCAGUACACCCUCAGUUUACACCUUUACACUCCUAAACCCAGGACUUUAUUUAUUUUCCACACCACAUGCCGCACAAGCAGAACUGGCCACAGCAAAUUCAAGCGCGCUGCCCAACGCUGUCAGAGCUCUCUCCGGAGCAGCAGCACCACCACAGCUCCUGGGCACUGAGGCCUCCGCCGGGCCCAGCGCGGCCCGCGGAAACGGAAGCUCCGGGCCGUGCUGUCAGCGGAGGCCGCCGGGAGCGGGGGUGGGGUCGGUUUGAACCGUUGGCCGCUCGGCCGGGCCGGCUCCGCGUGGGCCUUUCCCCGCCGAGGGGGAGCGGGAGCCGCCGGCCCGGCCCGGUCCGCGCGGAGCCCCCUCAGGUCCCGGCCUGCACCGCGGAGUGCGAGGUUGCUGGGUUUUCUUUCAAAAUGAAUGGUGAAGAGGAAACAUGGAAAGAACUGGAUGCAGAAUUUGAUCGCUGCGUUGUGGAUAUGAAGCCUCAUGUACUAAAACUGCAGCAUAGGUCAGAACGUCAGAGGUGUGCACUGUGGAUUAAAAAACUGUGUGAGCCCUCAGGAGAAGGAACAGGAGUAGCGGGAAGGGAGAAUCGGAACUUAUAUGCGAAACUUUUGCUCCACAUGCUGAAACGAGGAGUGCUAGAAAGUCCUUUUACUCAUAAACCAGAACCAGGAAUGCUGAAAACGUUACCUUCAUACAUGCUAAUUUAUUUUGAUGAACCGAAUUCAACAAGAAUUCGAAGUAGCAGCCCAGACUACUUACCUGACUGGGUAAUGGGAGAGUUAGGAAAAGGUGAAUCCAGACAUGAGGAAUUGUGGACUUUAUCUUCUAAAGAAGAAUCAUCUUUAGCAGCAGCACUUACGUAUGAUAAUAGGGAGAGAUUCAAGUACGAUGGGAAGCCAACGCUAAGAUCACAGUCUAUGAGUCCUCUUCUCCGGACUGAUGAAGAUGACCUAGCAGCACCUCUGUCUGACCACCAUCAUAAGAAAACCCUUUCUUUGGAUGACAGUGACCUUGAUGCGCGUCUCAAUAGUUGGAAUCUUGGGCUCGAAAAUCCAAGGUAUUUACGGGAAAAACCAAUGCCGGUGUCUUUGACGACACCCAAGAUUGGCCUAGGAAAAAGCAGCAGUUUCCAUGAGGAGCCAGCCCUUUUUCGAAUGCAGGAAAAGGAGCUAGACAUGAAACUGAAAAUGUUGGAAGGUAAAUUUCAUGAAGAAAGACUUCAAUUACAGCAAAAGCAUGAUACUGAUGUUCAAAAGAUUUUGGAUCGGAAGAAUGAUGAAAUAGAAGUGUUGAAGUCCCUCCACAAAACCAAACAAAAUGAAGCUGAGGAGACGAUUAGAAAACUGGAAAAGAAAGUUCAGACUCUACUUCGUGAGUCACAAGUCAUCAGAGAAGCAAAGGAAAAGCAGAUUGUAGAGUUAAAAAAGAUGUGUGAGAAAAGCACUGAGUCUCUGAACAACGAGUGGGAGAAAAGGCUUCACAGUGCCGUGGCCGAAAUGGAAAAGGAGAAGUUUAAUAUUCGGAAGAAGCACACAGAAGACAUGCAGGAGCUGCUUGAGGACACCAACGCUCGUCUUAGCAAAAUGGAGGAAGAUUAUAUGGAACAAAUAAAGUCAACAAACCAGACGGUCAAAAAUCUGGAGGCUCGAGUGCAGCAGUUGACGGUUGAGGCUGAAAACAGUAAUUUACAGCGUCAAAAAUUAUCCCAAGAGAAGACUGAAGCAGAACAAUGUUACCAGGCGGCACGUUCUGAACUUCAGGAAAUGAAAGCAAGGCACAACUCGCUUCAGAAAGACAAGGACCGUAUUAUGCAGGAAUAUGAGGAGAACAUUCAGCAACUGCAAAGUAAAUAUGAUGGUGAUAUAAAUGUGAUGAAGCAGGAGCAUGCUCUCUCUGCAGCUAAGGCAUCUGAUGUGAUUGAAGAGUUACAGCAUAGUGUGUGUCUAUUAAAACAACAGUUACAAGCUUCGGAACAUCAAAGACAGCAACAACUGAGGGAUCAAGACUAUAAACUUCAACAAGACAAACUUCACUUGGAGUGUGUAUACGAAAAACAGAUUCUUGGCAUCCAGAAUGAUCUUGAUAAAGAAAGAGGGGAUGCCCAAAAGAAAAUUCACAAACUGGAAGAGACUUUGAAGGAGAAGGAGGAGCAGCUGACUCGGGUGACAGAGGUACAGAGGCUGCAGGCCCAGCAGGCAGAUGCUGCCCUGGAGGAGUUUAAGCGGCAGGUGGAGCUGAACUCAGAAAAAGUCUAUGCUGAAAUGAAACAGCAGAUGGAAAAGGUUGAAGCAGAUCUAAGCAGAUCAAAAUCUCUCCGGGAAAAGCAAUCCAAAGAAUUCUCCUGGCAAUUGGAAGAGCUCAAGCAAAGAUACGAGCAACAGAUAGUGGAGCUGAAGCUGGAGCAUGAACAGGAGAAGACGCACCUAUUCCAGCAGCACAACGCAGAGAAGGACUGCCUGGUCCGAGACCACGAACGGGAAAUCGAGAAGCUGGAGAAGCAGUGUCGCGCUGCCAUGGCAGAGCACGAGAGCAAAACUCAGGAAUCCAGGAAGCGAGACGGGCAGGUGAUCUGUGACCUGGAGAGCCAAAUCCACAAGCUGAGGGAAGAGCUCAUUCAGGCGAGGGCUCAGCAGAAGCAGCAGCUGAUGGAGCUGAGCCUUCAGCGGGAGGAAGAAAGGCAGAGGGCAGCGCGGGAUCACAAGGCGGCGGUUGGUCAGCUGAAAGCGGAGAGCGAAAAGAUGGUGCUGGACCUGAAAAAGGUGCAUGCUGCAGAGACAGAGAAGGCCUUGGACAAGGCCAACAGCCGGCUGAAGCAGAUGGAGAAGGAAUGCAGCCAGAAGCUGGCCAAGUCCUCGCAGAUCAUAGCUGAACUUAAGACAACCAUUUCCUCUCUGACAGAAGAGAACAGCCGGCAGCAGCUCGCUGCAGAACAGCGGCUCCAGGAAGUUGUACAACAGUUUGAAGAUAAGAAGCAGCAGCUGAUUACAGAUAAUAACAGAGCAAUCAAGACCCUGCAAGACGAAGUGCAGAGUUCCCGCAGCCAGGCACGGGCUGCAGAGAAGAAGCUGCAGCGCAGGGAGCUGGAGGCCCACGAGCAGGUGACACAUUUACGACAAGAAUAUGAAACUAAACUCAAAAGUCUGAUGCCAGCAUCUUUGAGACAGGAACUUGAAGACACCAUUGUAUCUUUAAAAUCUCAGGUAAAUAUUCUGCAGAAAAGAGCCUCUGUCCAGCAGGAAGAGCUGAACGCCUACCCCACCAGGAGGUAGCUGCUGGAGCUGUGGGAUUUCUUUGAUCGCCAAAUGGACUGCUUUCAAUAGGUUUGAAGAUUUGGCUCUUGUAAAUUAAAAUGCAAAGAUCAGUGGCUGUUUUGUUAGCACACAAAAUGCAAUGAAAUUCAUGAAAACAUAUCCAUUGCUCAUGCCAGAAUAUUUUUUUAUUUGUUCCUUCCGCCCAUUAUUUUUUUAUCAUCAUCUUUUUACAGACUUACACUUCCAAUAUACCGUGUUGAUUCUGCUCGCUUACCAAGAGGAAGUUUCCUCUACUAAUGGUUUGUUACUACUUCCUCAUACCAUUCUUUUCAGUUUUUUACAUGAAGAAAGUCGCAUUUUCUAUUAUUAAUGUCCAAGAUAUUUUAACAUAUUUUGACAUUGUUUUGUGUCCACGUGUUUACAUAAUAUUAAACUAUUAUUUUGCACUA